AUGCCUUCAGGCGCCCUCAAGGGCGGGGUCCCCCUGGAACUGGCGCUGCUGCCAAGUCCCGGCACACAGAUCAAGAACGCCUCGGCCGCCAUUGCCUCCGCGACCGCCGCGCUCAGCGGCGCCGCGCCACGCGUGGUGCUCAAGAGUGUGGCCACAAUUUCCCUCAAGUCGCGCCUCAACUUGCUGGGGGAGCUGAGCAUGCUGACGGGCAUCGUGGCCGGCUGCCUGAUGGGCCUGGUCGCCCUGACCUCCGUGCCCUGCAUCACCCCCAAGGUCAACUGGAAGGAGUGGCGCCUGCUCCAGUCCUGGCAGGGCUGGGCGAGCCUGGUCCUCUCGAUCAUCCACGUGCUGCUGCUGGGCGCGCCCAAGUGGCCCGAGUGGCGCACCGAGUGGCCCGCGCUCAUCCCCACCAUAACGCUCCUGUCGACCGUCCCCCCGAUGGCCCUGGUGGCGGCAAAGCUGCUUCUGGUGCUGCCCCCUGGCAGCACUCUGCUCAAGAGCCUGAGGCGUGGCGCGUGGGGCCGCCCCUGCGGCCUGCACAACGCCCCCGUGUAUGUCAAGGCGGAGUGA